CUUAGCGCCACACGUACUGAGCAUGCGCAGUACACCGUCAGUAAAACCGGUCUAGCGGUGCAGUAGCUGUCACUCUGCUGCGGGAUCAGCUGUUUCUGCUCCAGCGGCAGCCGCGCGGCGCCCUCCUGGCCGGGAGAUGGAGACUCCCAGGAGCUGUGUUUGUACCAGGUUGGGUGGUGGUUUGGGAGUUAGUACCUGUGGGGAGGACAGUUUCCUGUAUUUUGCUUAUGGCAGUAACCUGCUUCGGGAGAGGAUCCUGCUAAAAAACCCAUCUGCCACUUUCUAUGCUGUAGCCAACUUGCAGGAUUUUAAACUCGUUUUUGGCAAUCAUCAAGGCAAAGCAAGUUCUUACUGGCAUGGAGGUACAGCUACCAUUGUUCAAAGCCCUGGAGACGAAGUGUGGGGAGUAGUAUGGAAAAUGAACACUAGCAAUUUAAAUUCACUGGAUAAGCAAGAAGGAGUUGAAGAUGGUAUUUACAUUCCAAUAGAAGUUAACAUUUCAACGCAAGAGGAAAAAGUACUGACCUGUCGAAGUUAUCAGAUGAAUGAUUGUGUCUGUGAUCUCCCAUCACCACAGUAUAAAAAAGUUAUCUGUAUGGGUGCAAAACAGAAUGGCUUGCCAACUGCCUAUCAGAAGAAAUUAGAAGCUAUAGAAACAAACAACUAUGCAGGACCAGUAUCAAUCUUUGAAGAAAUUGAAGCUACUAUUAAAGAGAAGGAAACAACAACUCAGUAGAAAAGUAUCCCCAAAAUAUUUCCAGUUCCACUUCUUUGCCUGAUUUAAUUCUAUGGCCUGUGUUAUACUGAGGUCAGAUUAGAUUAUCACUGUGGUCCUUUCUGGUCUUGGAAUAUAUGAAAUUUUCAUUUUGAUUUAGGCAUCUAUUGCUAAUCAGUAUAUUGAGAAGAUAAUUUCCUUCUCUGAUAAAGAAGGGCAAACUUGACAUGUUUGGGUAGUUCAGUAAGGUAUUGGAUUGAAUAUGCAAUUUAAGGUCCUAAUCUUGCAAAGACCUAUGUACAUGCUUAACUGUAUGUACCACAUCUAAAGUUAAGUACGUGUAAAUCUUCGCAAAGUUGAGCUUAACUUUCUGUAGUUCUCAUACAGUGCUGGUAAAGUUCAUAUAGUUAUUUAAUACAUCUAUAAGCAGAACUAAAGAGAAAAGCCAGCUUGGUAGUCAUGUGCAUAUGCUGCUCUGUUCAAGGAUUAAGAGUUGCAGGAUCAAGCUACAGUUCUUAAGUGCUGUACCACCGCUUCCCGCCGCCCCCAUUGGCCUGGAGCGGCGAACCGUGGCCAGUAGGAGCUGUGAUCGGCCGAACCUGCGGAUGUGGCAGGUAAACAAACCGGCCCGGCCCGCCAGGGGCUUUCCCUGAACAAGCAGUGGACUGGCUUUGAGAACCACUGGUCUAAGAGGCAACUCAUGCCCUUAAGGAAGUUACCAGUGAAGUGUAGAUAAAUCUCGGCAUUAAGCAUCUUCACAUAACUUUCAUAUGACUUUGUAUUAUGCCUCUAUUUUCAUACAACUUUGUAUCAGAUCCUUAUAUAGAAAACUUGGUAUUGAGCCUUGGUAUAAUGUUAAAAAAAUGUCUUUUUGCUAGGAGUAGAAUAAGAUUCCCUCCCCCCCCCCUUUAAUCAAUUGUCCUGUUGAAUGAACGAGGUGUGAAUGAGUAAAGGUGUGAAAGGUAGCACUUCCAGACUGCUGCAAUAGUUGGAGAGGGGAAGGAAGCCAGACCCAAGAACAAUAAAACUUGUCAAGUGGGCUCACUAAAGAAGAGCAGACAUAUUGAUGGCCUUGGGGGUUAGAAGCAAGCACCUUCUUUUAAAAACACUCUCUUUGAAUAGCAUUCGGACAACACCCAGAAAGAAGCAGCACAAAGGACCAACAGAUACAGAUUUUGAAUCUGGUAUAGAUUUGCAUGAGAGGGAAGCUGCUAUAAAUGUGAGGUGUCUUGCAGAGGACCUUGAGUCUCAUCUUGUCAACAUCGGAGCGUCGAUCCGGAUCAGCAAAAGCCCGGCUCCACUCCUCCCCCAUCUAACUCACUUGGCCAGUGCAGUUAAGGGGAGCAACUAGUUGGUAACAACAACAAGACGGAGUGUGCUUGUGAGUGUAAUAUAUAUUAUGCAUGGUACAGUGUUGAUUGAUACGUGUAUUACCAAUAAAUGUGGUGCUUUGCCUUAUUCUCCCGAAAAGAUCCUGUGCAGUACUUUAAGUACAACAGAAGGACAGCAUUCUACCUGUAAUGGAGUACUGUUUUGUGGUAUUGCUAGAAGUGGAUGAACCAAGUCAGAUAAAAUAACUCUCUUGAAUGGAUUUUUUUAAAAUUCUAGAGUUGGCUAACUACUUAAUUUUUUCCUUUAAAUCAUUGAAAGCUUUGAACUUCCUGACUUCUGCAGGAAGCAGACCUAAGUUUUGAUGAAAGCCCAUAGGAAUCUCUUCAUUGACCUCAUUGGGUUUGGAUUAGGCCCCAAUAAAGAAACACUGAUUCUUCUUCAUGGUAGCUGCAGCCUAGCUCUAAUCAGAGUAUUGUAAAUCUUGCACAAGUUCCUGAUCUUGUGAUACUUUCAGACUAAAUGGAAUGAUUACUUCUGGGGAAAGUGGGCAAUUGAACAACUUUGGGAAAUACAAAAAGACAAUGUCUUUUUUUUUUCUUUUGUAUUUAAGAUCUGUAUGCAAAGGAUUUGUCCUUGAUAUAAAGGGGAUAUGAGUUAUCUUCAAAACUUACUAUGUGAUUGAUUAUGACAUCUGACAACAUACACCCAGGAACUUAUAAUUUACCUUUUUUCCCCUCAUAAACUUCCAUAUUGGACAUGUGCCAUAGCAGUGCACUUCCCAUCCACCUCAUGUGAACAUCUUCAAAGUUUAUGCCUUUCAUUUGGUCCCCAUCUAAUUCCCAUGUUCUGUGUGUGUAAAAUAUAAAUAUGUAUGCACUGAAAGUUGGAGUAAAUAAAAAAGAUUGCAGUUGCCAGAUUACUUGUGUGUCUCUAUACAGUGCGCAGAGAAUGAAAAGUCAUCUUGAUUCAAGAAUGCUCAGUGUAGCUUGUCUAGGCUAAAGCUGUUUGUAUGAAUGCGUAAGUGAAAGCUGUCAUAUUGGGCAUUGUUUUUG